AUGCUCGGGGCUUGCACGGUGCAAGCUUUUUUCCCUUCCUCUGCUGCUAGUACCACCAUGGAGCGCGCGCCACCACUUCUCGUCGUCCUCCUCUGUGCGGCGUUCUUCACUGCAGCCGCGUCUGCCUCAAAUUUCCCGCCAUUCCUCGCACGCGGCGGCAGUGCUUCAGCCGCGACUGCCGGCCCAUUCGCCAAGAAGCAGAAAGCGAAGGUUAUCGACAAAUACGUGGCUAAGUUGCAUCCUCCGAAGAGGGACGGAAAAUUGAUCGGCGACAAAGGUGCAUCCGGGAGAUGUGCUACUAAGGCGGUGAUGUACUCGUCAACUUCAUACGCUUACGUUUCUCUUUGCAAGGCAUUCAAGCUUGACUCUGGCGGAAAACCACCUGCCUCAGGUAACAUGCGUUCCUGCAAUGGCAGCAGCGGGGUUCAAGGUGACACCCAGCUUCCGUGGGUUAACAUCACCCAGAGUGGUCAGAAGCGCUACAGCUUCAAGUUGAGAUAUAUAGUGAAAGUGAAGACUUUGGCUGAAGUCCGUGCGGGGAUAGCGCUUGACUUUGAAAACGGGGAUUACCAAAUGCUUGGGCACCAAAAUAAUGCGUACGCUCUGUGUGGAAAGUUUGAGAAAGUGAUAUAG